AGGUGAAAAAUUUUGGUUAGCUUGACCAUCAGUAUUCACACAACAGCCUUACUGUUACGUUCAGUAUUCUAAAGCUUCAUAAUGAAGUUCAUUACCGUUUGUGUAACUGUGUGCGCAAUUGCGCUAAAUUUGUCUCUUAUGUUUGCCAAUCCUCAAACACCUCCGACCAAUAUUGUAAAUACUUCUCGAACGGACGAAAGCGGUCAAAGCUUUUUCACCGGUGAUUUGCAAAAAAUAUUGCGCCAUCAAUUCGAUACAUUGGUACACAGAAUCAAUGAAACGUGGCUGCAAUGCAAUGAAACAUACGCAGUGUCGGGCUUCAAAAACAGAGUUGACCUAUUUUCCAAUGCUCCAACUAAUGAAGUUGACCCGAUUGUGAACAAUACUCGUAGAUGUCUUGUCGACUGUACGCUGCGUAAAAUGGGCGUGAUGACUGAUGAUGGCCUUAACAAGACAGCAUAUAUGGCACAGAUCAAGCAACUUCGGUUUAAUUACACAUCAUUCGACAUAACCAAAAAACCGAUCCGAACUCAACAGAAAAUAUAUGAAGUGAUCAAUGCACAAGUGCCCUAUUUGAUUGCUAAAGAUUACUGUUAUGGUACCGGUCCCUGGUUGGAAGUUAAAGACUUGCAUCACAUGUGUAACCAGCUCAUAUACUCCUAUGAAAUGGCUGCCUACGAAUGCAGAGAUAUAAUCGAUCCUACUGGCGAUAACUGCGAAACGUCCUGGAUGAUAAUGGGUUGCAUGAUCGAAAGCCAUCGGAGACGAUCCUUUGAAAGUCCAUUCUAUCCAAUUUAUCCAGACACCGUGAAGCGGUCACUGUAGAUUCUGUGACGCCGGAAAAGACCUACA